UGCCAGUUAUCCAGACCUGGACCUUUCCCGAAGAACUACAGUUUGGUGGACAUGUCUCGUCUGAAAUAAAGACUGCAGCUGCCGUUAUUUGGGAAAUUAACCAAGGAAUUACCCCCUCGAAGAAAGAUGUUUGGAAAUUUUAGCUGUUUGCAUUAUUUAUAUUUUACGGGUACUGACUUUAUUGUAACCCAUCAUGAUAUAACCUGUUAGCAAAGAUACAUUAUCGGGAGUGAAGUCCGCUGGCGUCAAAGGGAACGGUUGAGAAGAGAUGCCGUGGAAGUAUCCAUAUAAACAAGGUUGUCAAAAACUGUGCUUGAACGUGACCGAUUAAUAUCAAUCUAUUGUGAGCAUAAUGCCACAUGUAAGUCAGAUUCUAAAGCGCAGCUAGCAAUAUUUAGAUAAUAAUGAGUGUUCGCAUGUCAGAAAGCUAACCGUGAAACAUUGUAUCCGAGAAUCUUUCCAGUUAGAAGGACAGGAAAGUCGCAGAGCUACCGUUAGCUAGUUAAAUAUUAGUUUGCAGCCGGCAGCAUCAGAAGUCGCUAGCGACUUGGCUAGAGUUGCAGUUGGCUUCCUCUUAGCUUUCUAAUGAUUUUUGUUUUGAUUGAUUGCUAACCAUGCGUGCGUUGCUCGCUAGCUAGCCAGCUACCACUACUAAUGCUAAUCUGCAAAGAGAGCCUGGUAAAUAUCCAAAUGCUUCCUAGACAAAUAGUCCUCAGAUGAGUCAGUCAAGUCAAACAAUUAUCAGUUUUUCUGAUUUGCUACUAGUCAAAUGUGCUGCACUCAAAGCAAGGAAGCAUUUUGAUUCGCGUGAAAUCCUGUUAGUGCUGCUACAACUUACAUACUGAGGUGGAGGCCACGUUAGUGUCAUCGCAUUUAAAACGAGUUUUACAGCGUCAGAUCAGUUUCGGUAGCACAUAUCGCCACUAUUUCAUGAAACAGACAGGCGUGAGUGAGGAUAAAAUCUGAUUGCAAGAUCAGGUGUAUCAAUUUACUGGUUACAGAUAGUUAGACCUGUGUUGUGGCCCUAGACGUCAGAUCAUAGACUUUCUCAAAUGGUGGGUUUCGGCGCAAAUCGAAGGGGAGGCCGUCUGCCGUCCUUCAUCCUAAUCGCGUUGAUGGUGGUUAUCUUGAUACUGUCAUUCAACUACUGGGCUGUGUCCAACAAGCACAGCCGCCUUCUGGACGAGCUGGCGGAGGUGCAGACGCAGGUGAAGCGCACGGACGCGGCGCGCAGCAGGCUGGAGAAGCGCAACUCUGAGCUGAUGGUGCAGGUGGACACUCAUCGGAAGCAGAUCGAUCAGAAGGACGGCGAUUAUAGCGCACUAGAGGGCAAGCUGCAGACGCGAGAGGCACAGGUCAAAAAGUGCUCAGACGAGAAGAUGAAGCUGCAGAGUGAUGUCACAGCGCAGAUGUCGGAGUUCCAGCGGUUGAAAGAGCAGCUAAAGGAGUUGCGGCAGGAGUUCCUGAAGCAGGAGGAUCAGCUGCAGGAGUUGAGGAGGAACAGCACUCACCUGGAGAGAAAGCUGGAGUAUGAGAGCUUGCAGUGCGGACGGCAGAUUGCUGAGCUGAAAGAGGAGUACGAGGACAGUAAGAAGACUCUGGAAGACCAGGCAGCGAGGCUGAGACAGAACCUGCAGGAGAAUCGGGGAGGCGCUGGGGUCGCGGGACUCGUCGGCGGGGGAACGGAGGGGCAGACCACCGGAGAGCGCCACACGGAGGCCACAAACCGCCGCGACAGCCCUGAGCUGAAAGCAGACCUGGGCAAGCCGGGCAGCGACGCUGGCAUGCCGGGCAUCGAGGACAGUGAAGUGGGGAAGAUGGAGGACGUGCAGUUCGCCCUGAGAAAGCCCGCUUUAGUUCAGAACCUUCCAGAGGAGGAGGUGAACGCCGCUGAUGGGAAGGAGGAGAGAGCGGGGGCGGGCGAGGGGGCGGGGCGUGAGCCGGAGCCGCGUCUGGACAGCGAGCACAGCGUGGAGAAGAAGGAGCUGGGCCAGCAGACUGCAGGGGACACGCCCAUCAUCCUAGUGGAUGAGAGCAAGGCAGCCGUUCGGGCAGACGAGCUGGGGGAACAGCACAGGCAGCUGAGGGUGCCUGAUGUGAAGGCUGGCGGGCAGGAGAUGAAAGGUGCGGGGCAGCCCCCGGCCCCUAAGCCCGCCCACGUCCUGCCGAACCCCAUGGAGUCCCGUCGUGCCAGAGACUCGGUGCCUGUGGACCCGCCCCGGCACCGCCAGAGCCGGUUCUUUGAUGAGAACGAGUCCCCUGUAGAUCUGCAGCACGGCUCUAAGCUGGCAGACUACAACGGGGACGACGGGAACGUGGGUGAGUACGAGGCGGACAAGCAGGCCGAGCUGGCCUACAACGAGGAAGAGGAUGGCGAUGGUGGGGAAGAAGACGUGCAAGAUGAUGAAGACCGGGAUCUACAGGGAGACAGGCCUGCUGACUACGGAAAGCGACACCAAGCCGUUGACGUCCUGUAGACCACUACAAGGCUAAGAAAUAAGAACACCAUCUGAUGGGAUAGAAAAGGCUUGUGUAAAUCAAUGGAAAUCACAGGAAGAUGCACAGGAAAACAUUCCUUUGCUUGGCCUUUAUUUCACUGGUGCUUUGAUGUCAUUAGUCUGCAGGCUGGUUAGAGACAUUAAAGAAAUGGUGGGUAGAAUUUUCCUAGACUCUUCCACUGUAGCCAGAGGAUUUGGAAGAAAUGGUACUGGUCAGCAUAUGAUAUUGUAGAAUGGCUAUAAAAAAAAACAAACUCUACAUUUUAAGUACUGUGCUGUUUAGGAGAUUAUUUUACAUCUGUCCAUCACUGUUUGAUUUACAAAAUGCAUAUUUGUGAGGAUACAUUUCUGUUUUGGAAUGCAUACAAAUACACACUGUUGUAAAUAGAUUAUGCUUUUUCAUUUACAGAUAAUGAAGACAUUUUACUUGUCUGGGUCUUUCUCUAGUAAACAUGUAAGUGUACCCGGCUGUGAGCAGGACAGUGAAGGAUGUUGGCAUGUCCUGAGGUACGAGAUCUUCGCUGUCUGGUUGGGACAGGACCACUGGCAGCUUGGGCCCCGACCUGGUCGCUGACCCCAGUACGCAGGCUGUAUUCUAACACAAGAGGGAACUGUGGUGCGACAUUGGUGGCUUUUUUAAACAGUUUUUUCUGGGAAGAUGCUAAUUGAUGAAGACCUGGAAUUUGCUGCAACCUGUGCAAAGCUAAAUGCUGUAAAAAAAAAAGAGGUUUGGGACUGAGCACUCUGUGAACUCUUGCUGGUCAAAAAGAGAGGGGUUACACCCUGUGCAUGGACAGCCAAGAACUUCUCCUGCAGCUCCUGAAAGCACUACUGAAAUGUUUGGAUGUCAGUCCAUUCAAGAAAUGAACUGCUGCAUGCAUUGGAAACUUGCGAGCUUUGUUACCUAGUAGCCGAAAAAGACAGCAACAACACCCAGUCCACGUUUAUAAUUAGGUCUGCGAUUUCAUUGCGCAUCUGGAGUUGACGCCUGAUCAGAAGCCCUCUGCUACUGUGCUUUUAGGUAUUAUUCUUAGGCGUGCAUAAUGUACAUAGUAAAUAGGUCUGUGUGACAUGAACUAUUAUUCUUAACAGGUAUUUGGGUAAUGGGCCCUAAGAUGAGUGUUUCACCUUUUGUGUAGAUUUAAAAAUCAGUUACGAUUGUGUGGGGCCGGCAUACUGAAUGUACCUUGGUGGGUCUUUUUUUUUUUCAUUCAUACGAGAUGUAAAAUAGUUUAUUAAACACAUAUACAUAAUGAGACUUGAAAAAAAAAAUCAUAUCUAUACUGAACUAUAUAAGGCCAAACCAAGUUAUCUUUCCCACAAAAAAGUGCAACUGUGAUCAGCUCCUGAAGGUAACGAGAGCUUUUGUUAUCACUGUGGCGGGAACAUUAAUGUGAAUUGUGUAAUGUCUCAGUUGGGGGUCAUUCUCAUGCAUUGGCUUUAACAGACUUCUCUCAGUAAUGAGGGGAGACGGAGAACCACAUCUUAUGUCAGUUUAAUUAUCAUCGCCAUCCUAAAGAUAACACCUGUUUCUGUAUAUUCCCUGAAUGCUGUGUAAUCCUAAUUUAUUAAAGGAAGUAAUUCAUAAA